AGUUUUUACGGGUUAAAAAUUUUCCCAGCACGAAUUAGCCACUUUCUCUCCGAAAUAAACGUCAAAAUUGCGCUCUCUCGUUACUAAUUCUACUGGCUGUUUGUUUAUAUGGUUCAUUUAAACAAUAUACGUAUUUGAAAUAUUUAUAUUCAAGACAACGUUAGGGAAUGCCUCAAAUAAAUUUUGGUGUUAUAUAUUUUUGUUUCUUGCUAAGCUGGGUGUAUUCAGAUUGUGGUUGCAAUAAAGAUUUAAAUAGAAAAUACGAAGAAUUUGGCACUAUAUCCACAAGUAGCAAUGAAGUUCCGGUUUGCAAGCGAGACAAACAAAAUAAUUUACAUUAUCGUAAUUAUUACCCAGAAGACCCGACAAUGUCGUUUAUACCCGGUGGUAGUUACCUAAUUGGAACCGACGAGCCACAUUUCCAGAGUGAUGGUGAAGCUCCUGAACGUCUUGCCAAAGUGUCUGACUUUUAUAUAGAUAAAUAUGAGGUAUCUAACGCUAAAUUUUACGAUUUUGUUAAGAAAACCAAUUAUACAACUGAGGCGGAAAUUUACGGAGAUAGUUUUUUAUUUAAAACUCUGCUUACAUCAGAAAUGCAGAAGGAGUACGAAGAUUUUCGCGUGGUCAGUGCACCUUGGUGGUUCAAGGUAAAGGGAAUUUCCUGGCAGAAUCCACACGGCUUACAUAGCAGUAUAAAGGAUUUCUGGGACCAUCCUGUAGUUCAUGUAUCUUGGAAUGAUGCUGUUGCGUAUUGUCUGUGGGCAGGAAAGCGAUUGCCAUCAGAGGCAGAGUGGGAAGUGGCAUGUCGCGGUGGAAAGAAACGCAAACUUUUCCCCUGGGGAAACAAGUUGAAACCUCGUGGAAAACAUUGGUUAAAUAUUUGGCAAGGUGACUUUCCAGACGGUAACACAGCUGAAGAUGGUUAUGGUAUAACCAGUCCCGUAAAUAAAUUUAGGCAAAACGAUUACGAUAUUUAUAAUAUUGUUGGUAAUGUUUGGGAAUGGACACAUGAUGUUUGGAAAAGGAACGACGAAAGUACAAAUGCAGAACAUGUAAAAAAAGGUGGUUCAUAUCUGUGUCACAAAUCUUAUUGCUAUCGUUAUCGAUGUGCUGCCCGCUCACAAAACACUGCAGACAGCUCAUCAGGAAAUUUGGGUUUUCGCUGCGCAAAAGAUUCAUAAGAGCUUCAUAACUAGUUAAUUAAACAUACAUCAUAUAUAUUUAAAUAAAAGUUUACAUCAUAUUUUGCUUUGCUAAUUC